AUGAUGUCCUGUGGCCGCAGACUUGUGACCUCUGCGUCGGUCCGCCCGCGCUUCGUUGUCCGCGCAUACUCCUCGACCGUGCCCCGUCUGAACGAGAGCCGUCUCCAAGCCAACGACCCGACCCCGCGGAAGCCCACGGCGAAUGUCUCUGCAACCAAUGCUGAGCCUACCGACACUACUAUUGCGGAGGCACCCGAGGUUGGCGAGCGCAUCCGGGGCAUGCAGGCCCCGAACCGCGCUACCACCUGGGCCUCCAACCAGCAGCCGCGCGAGCAAGCCAUGGUUGGUCCUCGCUUCGAGCAGACCAUUAUGGAGACUCAGCCGCGUCCAUAUGCCGCUAUCGAGCUCAUUCACAGACAGCCCGUCCGCUGGACAAAGUCCAAGGUUGUCAGCUGUGACGGUGGUGGUGGUCCUCUCGGCCACCCCAAGGUCUUCAUCAACACCGACAAGCCCGAGAUCGCUCCCUGCGGAUACUGCGGUCUUCCCUUCGCCCAUGAACAGCACCGCGCUUACUUGAAGUCCCUGCCCGCCACCAGCUACCCCCUCGAGCCCACCGGUGACGCCGCUGAGGUGAACGAGUCUCAGCGUGUGACAGAGGGUGGCUUUGAGCAGCGAUAG